GAUCAUCGGAAAGUCACAUGUUUAUGUUUUGAUGUGAAAUUCAAAUUUUGCUUUUCCUCAGCUUUAAGUAUUUAUUUAAUUUUGAUGUUAGAUUAAAUUGUUUCUGACCAAUUCUUAAUUGUUCAACUAUAAGGGACAAGACUGUAGUUUAUACCUUUGAUGUUUCGGUCUUCAAUUGGUGGUUUGAAUUUUAUCAAUCAUGUCUGUCGGAUUACCAAAAUGUUUUAGUUAUCUGCAAUCUAAAGGUUUUCUUAGUUUGAAUUCUAGAGCUGUUCGGAUUAAAGAAUUGGAUACUUUUGGUAUUAUAAUUAAAGCUAACCUGAAAAGAUGCUUAAACGAUUAUAAUAGACUUAUUGAUAAAUUCACUGUUUUCCCAGUUUCGAGAGUUGAAAGUAUUAGCAACUUGAAUAAUCAUCUUCUUUGUGGAAAGAAAUUGGAUAAAUACGCCGUAAGUUUCGAUUCUUCUGAUCUCGUCGCACCAAUCAGUGAACCAAAUAAUGAACUUUCUCUGUGGUCAUCCAAAAGCUGCCUCAAAAAUUUAAUAAUAUUCUGUGAUCCAAACAAGUCUCUUAAUUUAUUUUAUUCCUUCCAAAAUGAACGCUAUAGAUGGUGGAGAAAGCUUUCAGGGUGUCCAUCUCAUUUUCAUCAAUCUCAAAUCGGAAAAUGUGCAACUACUAAAGAAGAAAAUGUAUCGAUCGAUUUUAAAUCACCAUUAGUCGACGAUAAAACUUUGUGUCUUGAAACAAUCAAGUACAUUACCGACCGAGACCAAAUCAAAAAUUCAAUUGGUGUUGAAUCAUCUAGUCAUAUUAUUUGGUGUAAAACUUUUCCAGAUAAUGCUACUAUUUCUUAUUUAAUUGAUGGAUGUAUAACAGACGACGAAGGGAGAUUCAAAGAAAUUUGGUUCCAUGAAUCUUUAACUCCUUACCAUGUUGCUAUAACUAUAAAGCCGUCACAAGAUUCAAUUUUGAACUCCAAACUAGUUGCCAUUGCUGAUUUUUUAAUUAAAGAGUUGAAGGAAUUUGGGAUAACUGUAUUUCCAUUCAAGAAUCAAAACAAUGCUUUGGACGAUAAAUCAUUUCAGUGGUUCGACCAGAUUGGGAUUCCGUAUAGUAUUUCAAUUACUGAAGAAAGUUUGCGAUUAGGAGUAAUUGGUUUACGAAACAAGGAUACUAAACUUGAGGAAGAAGUUCAUGUCACAAGAGUUAAAAUCAACCUCCUUUUAUAUCUCAAAUUGAUGAAACCCUUCGAUAUCAAGCUCGCAAUAAUGGAGUCCAAUAAAGCAAGCUAAGCGUCCAAUAUUGAAGUUGAAGAAAGUAAAGAUUAAACUGGCUCAAAACUCUAAUGUAAAUAAAACAUGUGAGAAUAAAAAAUAGUGACUAUGUGAUGAAUAUGAUUAAUAAAUCUAAUUCAUUAAGA